UUUCGCGAGUUAAUGUGGCUGGGUGGCUAAAUAUUUUGUUUUCAACAUUUUUUUUUUCACUUUGAGGUACAGGUUUAUUUAAUGCACGUUCGUGACUUUGGCGUGUGCGUGUACACAGUUCCCAGGAAGUGACGCAGGCGAAACCCAGAGUGAUCAUCCCAGUCACAGAUGCUGUUAGCAGUGCCACCGGUGGUACUAAUGCAGAGAGGAUUUCAGUAAGGGAAUCCAUGUACUGUUAGUAUCGGAUGCCUUCAUUGUGAAAACCUGUAGACAAACAGAACCUAAAGACAAACGAAGUGUUGUUUUCUGCCAAGUUUCUGGAAGAACUAUCCAUUUCAUUUGCAAGAUUAGCAUUUGACUUUCCUCCUUCAGACAAGACUUUUUGCUCUUACAGAUAAUUUUAUAUCUGUUCAGAAUUCACAGACUUGAAUUUUAAGCUGAAUAAAUCUGGAAUGGCUAAGAAGCAAAACCAAAAAGAUCCAUCAGGUUUUGUGUUUGACGUCCAAUCAAAAGCGGUCAUUGCUCAAGGAGGGAGCUAUGAAAACAUGAAGGAGAAGAUUACUGCAGUACGUGCAGUCGUCCCAAACAGAAGUAAUAAUGAAAUAAUUCUGGUCCUUCAGCAUUUUGAUAACAGUGUGGACAAAGCAGUACAGUCUUUCGUGGAUGGUAGUGCUAAUGAGGUGCUGAAAGAAUGGACAAUAACAGGCAAAAAGAAGAACAAAAAGAAGAAGAGCAAACCCAAACCUCAGGGAGAAGCCCCCCCUGCUCCAGCAGAUUCCAGUAUCCCAGUGCCCAACAGUGAACAGCUGACCAUCCCUUCUGAAAAGGAUGGAAUGAAUGGUUACCAUUUCAACGGUUCUGUGAAUGAUACCGAAUCUGUGGAUUCUCUUAGUGAGCAGCUUGAUUCUGUCUCUGUAGAUGCCAGAGAGCUGGAUGAUUCUGAACCUGCAAAUUCUGAUAUUCCAGCUGAAGAGUAUGAAAUUGAUGACUUGGAGCAGGAGCUGGAGCAUAAGCCUGAAACAAGUCAUUCCUCACAGAAACCUCAGCACAACAAAUCACAGCAGCAUCAGAGAAGUACACAUAAGCAUCAAAGACCUUCAUCCUUAUCCCACUCUGCUGUUUCUUUGUCCUUAACUAUACCUGAGGAUUCAGCUUCCAGCAAGAAAGCAGGUUCUAGUAUUGAGAAGUCAGUUAAAGACCUUCAGCGUUGCACUGUCUCAUUAGCUCGCUAUCGGACAGUUGUGAAGGAGCAGAUAGAUGCCUCAAUUAAGAAAAUGAAGCGGUCUUUUGCCGAACUACAAACAUGCCUCAUGGAUCGGGAGGUGGCACUGCUUGCUGAGAUGGACAAAGUCAAAGCUGAAGCAAAUGAAAUACUAGAAAGCAGGCAGAAAAGAGCUGAGGAGCUGAAAAGACUUACAGAACUAGCUGUGAAGAUGUCUGAGGAACAACUUUCUGAACUUAGAGCAGACAUCAAGCACUUUGUUAGUGAACGGAAAUACGAUGAAGACCUGAGCAGGGUUGCACGGUUUACCACUGACCUUGAAGCACUAAAAAUGAGCGUACAGACAUUUGGACAAGUCACUCAUCCAAAGAACAGUUAUUCCACUAGAUCAAGAUGUAGUUCCAUCUCUUCUGUGUCUCUGACCAGCCCAAGUGACGUGUCUUCUCCCAGCACUCCUGACUGUGCAUCACACCCAAGCCUUACAAUACUGAAUAAGAAGACCACUUCGGGGAACUCCACCACAGGCACGCAAUCCAUCCAGCCUUCAAAACAGGUAUUCCAGGGAAACAGGAGGCCCGGGCAGAGUUACAGGCAGCAGGGACAACGACCAAAUAGUUCUGUUAAUACAGGAAGAUAUGAUGAUAGGAAUCGAUACCGAAAUGGACCCCGUAAUCCUCAGUCUGGCUAUCGGAAUCCGAAUUCUCAGGCACGAUCCCAGGAUGCUGCAGUGGAUCGGAACCCAUUUAAUUCCUUGAGUGCUAACAGGACUGAUGCAUUUUCAGAGCAGAACUUGACAACCAUUUCAAACCAGAUAGCCUCAAAUGUACCUUCCAAGGAAACCAAUGGCCUCCCACAGCGUCCCAUGAAGCCAUACCGACCUGAAGUGUCUUCAGCAGCUGCCAGCUCCUGAAGGAAUUAUUCAGCUUUCUUCCUCCUAGAAAGCAGCUCAGCCUUCAGCAAGUUGACUGUAGAUUUGUAGUUAGAUUUAUUAACAAAAGACAAACGUUUACAUGUACCAUCCUUGUGCCACUUUCCACUCUUUCUGUCUUUCUUCUGUAGAGUUGCAUUAGUUUUGUCAACAUACUUUUACUCUGGGGAAAAGAAAACAAAAAAAAAAAUGUUCUGUCCCCUUUAAAAUCCCGAAAGACUGCUGUAAUAUGCUGGUGAUGUGCAAUAUGAAGUUUUAGAUUAGUGUUGUGAUGUUGUAAACAUUUUAUCUAUAAAAACCUCAGAGCUGCUGUGCCAGCAACUCCAGAAUAUAUACAGAAGCACAGAAUUUUAUUUUGUGCAUCACUUUCAAACAGAUGCAUUUAAUACUUAUGUCCCGCAUUGCUUUCAGAAACUUAGAUGGCAAACUUGUUUAUAUUUUCUUCUGCUGCUUAUUGAAAAAUCACCGGGUGACUUUAUGUACUUCCAGCCAUCAGAUAUGAUGUUUUUGCCAGUAAUCCAGUGCAUUUCCUUUUUUGGAGGUUUAGGGGUCCAUAAACUCUUUAGUUCCCUAAUAAAAACCCAUUAAUUCUUCCCAAAUGUGUAACCCCGCUGUAAUGCAGUGGUACAACUACUGUCACAGAGAAGCUGAACAUCUUGACAUAUCAGUGGAGGGCAAGAGCCAGGAUUGUGUAGGUGUUGGCAUUAAUGUUUUUUUGUUACACUGCUGUAGCAUUUGCAUUCUUUGCUGCAUUCUGUGCAUCUCGACACGAUACAUGUGCUGUUGAAUCAGCUCUUUACUUAAGGAUGCUGUCUGCAUAGUGAAUAAACAGUAGUUAUGGGGGCUAAUGUCUGGUCUCCACUAGGGAAUUCUCCUGUUGUAGAGAUCCAAACCCGUCCAACUAAUAGAGAAAGUAGGCUUUCAGUCACUUAGCCCUCCAGCCCUCUUUCUCUCAAGUCAGUACCGAAACUGUCAUCUGAGGCACUUCAGUUUGAGUUGCUGGCUUUCUUGACUUCAUAUUUUAGAUUCUUCCAUUAAGUUACUCAAAGGAACUGGAGUUGACAUGGUAGGUUUUAUUAGUUCACUUACUACAGGAACUGUGUCUCACCUGAGAUGAUUGUGAUUGGGCUUGUGGCUCAACAUUCCUUAGAUGUCCUGACUGAAACCACUGUUACAGUAGUCCAGACAGAUGGCUUUUCACUGAUGAUGUCCAGCUGCGGUACCAAAGUCUAAACCUUCCCAGUAGCAUACAUCCGAUGCAUGACCUUAGCUUGCAAGUGUAUGGGUAUGUAAGUAGACGUAGGAGUUUAAAUUCUCAGAUUAUCUCACUGCCAGCCUAGAUGCACAUCUCACACCCAUUGGUCUGAUCUUCCCAUGGUCAUUUAUACCAUAAGCUUUCUCAGAAUCAUACAAGUGCCUCUUUGGAGAACCUUACUUCUUGUUUAAACUGCUUUGCUGUGAUUUGCUAGAUGUUGGCUAGGAGAGGCAAGUGUGAGUGCAGUAGGCAGAUACCUUGUAAAGACCUUCAUUCUCAGUGCCUUUCUUGAUGAGGAGCAGAACACUACUACAAAUCCUGUUCCCUCUGACAUUACUUUGCACCCUUGACAUUGAACACUCCUUUGUCUUUGCUGAGCACAUUCUUAAAAACCCAAUGACUGAAGCUUUUGGCCCUGUCUAAGAUGGCAGAUCCCUCCAUUCCUAAUGUACCUUCUGCACCUAUGAAGAAAUUCAAAAGGCCUAGGCUUGAGACUGUCUGCCCAGUCUGAUUCCUGUGUACCCACAGUGGUAACAGAACAAGUGGUAUGUCUAGCUGUACCUCAGACCCUCUCUGUUAAAUCCUUUGGGGUGUUGGUGUGGAGUCAGAUGACCACACAUCCGAAGAGACUGCUACUUCAACUGAGAAAUGGGACUCAUGGGUCAUUAUCUCAGACCAGGAGGCAUCCCACAAAUUUUAGUAUGGAAAGAGAUUCUAGGAAAACUGAAGUAUGGCAGGGGUCAGAGCUUCCGCAUUUGAUUCAGGCUGAUGUCACCCCAAAGAAAAAGUGACAAAAGACCAACCAUGUUUCCUUUCCUCCCCUUUACAGGGAGAAGGAGUGAUGGACUUUUCUUAGGGCAUGUUCAAGGUCAUUAUGGCCCUUAAUCCUCCUUCCUUUUCAGCUCCUUCACCCACUCCAAGGAAGAUUAUUAUGGAUUCUUCUUUUUCUGAGUAGGAGGCCUCAGAUUCUGAUGACCAUUCCUUAGCUUACUCCUGUCAAAUUCAUUGUCCUGGCCAGGUGGUCUCUGAUUAGGAUUUGAUCUCUCGCUUGAUCCCCCUGUGGAAGAGACAUCCUUUGGAAAGACUAUUGUAAAUAAGAUGAAACAUUUUGUGAAAGAUUUUAAGCAGAUCACCUAUCUGCAAAAGAGAUAAUACAGUCUGUUGGAAAGGGGCACUGCAACCCCUUAGUUGUUCCUCCAGUUCUGGAGGCCUUUUUGCACCACUUUGCAUCCACUUCCACUACUCCUGUCAGCCCCCCACUGCCAAAAGGCCAGGCAAGUUUCCAGGUUAUCUCAAGUUCCUUUAUAAGAAUCCUGUAGUUGACCCUUUAGCUGUUUACUUAGCCUCAGACAAACCAUCUAUGCUACUGUCUAAUGCUGAUGCCCUCCCAUCAGACAAGAACAGCAAGCUAUGGACAGAUUGAGGGGAAAUGAUCUGUACUCCUUCUACCCUGUCUUACAGGGUAAUUAAUUUUCAGGCCCAGAUGAGCAAAUGCCUCUUAUCUGCUCAUAACAAUCUGAACAAAGCUGUAGCUCUUAUGUUGAGUAGAUUCCAAGUACCAGAUUUCUCUUUUGGUAAAUCAGGCCACUCUAGUGGAUAGAUGUAGUAUAAAUAACAUAUAUGACUCUACUGAUGUCCUGUCCAGAGCAACAGCUACUAGUUCAUUCAUUUGGAAAUACCCUGGUUGUGUAGCCAGCCCCUGCCAGAAGAUGUCAAGGCUAAACUUCUAGAUUCCCCCCUUAACAGGGACCUUUUAUUUGGUCCACAGGCAGCUGCCUUAUUCAAAACCUUGCCAAGAGAAAGUUAAAAAUGUGAAGGACUGCAGACAGAUCAGUCUUAUCCAGGUACAAAUGGAAUUAACCAACCAAGUACACUUCUUUUAUCAGAAGGGAACAUAUGCCUUCUAAAAACACAAGAAGACUCCCAGAAAGGACCCCAGAUCUGGGAGGCCUCCCUUCACAUACAGGUCUCUGCGACUAUCUUCCUAAUCCCCCUCGGUCUUACCCUUGCCGUGUUAAAAAGACUGUCACUUUCCAUUACAAAUUGGAAAAAGAUUACCAUAGAUCAGUAAGUACUCACUAUCAUUAAAAUUAAAAAAAAAAAAAAAAAAAAAA